AUGUUCGGAGAUUUUCAGGGCUAUACGGAUCCUGGUCUCACGUGCUAUUGUUGGCCCUUCCAGAGCGUUCAGGUAGUGUCCUUGGCGGUCCGGCAGUUGGUCUGCGAGACAGACUGCAAGACGAAGGACAACGUGACUUUGAAGAUAAAAACUGCCGUGCAGUACCGCGUCAACAAGGCGAGGAUUAAGGCAGCUGUGUUUGAUAUCUUAGAUCCCCAGGGGCAAAUAGGAGCCUCGGUCGACAACGUUGUGCGCUCGAGUGUCCCCGCAAUGACCUUGGACGAGGCCUAUGAGAACAAGGAGUCGCUGUGCAGCAGCAUUAUCCAGUCUGUGUCCAGCAUGAUGGAGCACUACGGGUACAUUAUUUUGAACGUCUUGGUUACAGACUUGUCCCCAGAGCAGAGAGUGUUGCAGGCGAUGAAUGAAAUCAACGCUGCCAGGAGACUGCGCGAGGCAGCCGUUGAGCGAGGCGAGGCCGAUAAGCUCCUCCAAGUGAAGUCCGCCGAGGCCGACGCGGAGGCGAAGCACCUGUCGGGCCUGGGUGUCGCGCGCAUGCGCAAGGCAAUCGCGGAUGGCUUCAAGGACAGCAUGCAGUCCAUGAGCGCAGGCGGGCUCUCCCCGCAGGAGGCGGUGCACAUGAUGGUGACCACGCAGUACCUGGACACUCUGAAGGACUUCGCCAACAAUGCAAGCGCCUCCUCCAUCAUGAUUCCGCACGGGCCUGGUUUUUCCAAGGCCCUCGAGGAGCAGGUGCGAGACGGCUUCAACAGCGCCGCGAGUGCGCCGUCGCAGGCAGCCAUGAGCUAA